UUAAUCAAUUGAGUUAGAAACCUCUUUUUCCGUUAUUUGGUAAUUCUCAGUGUGAUCCUAAUAUCUCAAAAGCCUCAAAAACAGCAUCAAUGUAUUGUGGGGAAGCAAAGUCUCAUUGAACACAAGAAGAAUACAAAGAACACAAAAGUCACAAAAGCUGAUAACGCAAACCGUUUUGAAGAAAGAAAAUUUAAUGAGGCUCCCUCCAUGUCAUUGACCUGCUUUCCUCCAAACGCAAGCCAAAACCGACUCACUAUUUCCUAUUUUCUUGUCACAUCCAUCGUGUCCAUUUUCUGUUGCUUCCACGUUUUCUAAUGGCCUCUUACUCACACUUCCUUCUUGUUAGACAUCAACAAAACCAACCCUUUUCUCCAACUUUCAAACCCAUCCAAACUCACCUCUGCUUAGGCCCCUUCUCUGUCCUUUUGCUCACAAAUUCUACAAGAUUUCUCUAAAGCUGUUGUUGCACCAUGAGCCUUUACGUGUAUGUAAUGGAAGCUCAAGACUUGCGUGUGAAGGAGUCUUAUGUGAAGCUUCAGGUUCGGAGGCACAAGUCCAAGACCAGGAUUUUGAGAAAUACCACCAACCCAGUUUGGAAUGAAGAGUUUGUUUUCAAGGUUCAUGACAUGAAUGAGGAGGAGCUUCUUGUGUCUGUGUUUCACCAUGACGACGAGUCUGGCUUGUUCAAUGGCGAUGACUUAGUGGGUCGGGUUCGGAUUCCGGUCUGCUCUGUUGCUGCUGAGACUAAUUGCACCCUGCCGCCAGCUUGGUAUUCUCUUGAAAGUCCCAAGACUGGGAAAUUUAUCAAUGAAGAUUGUGGGAGAAUUCUUCUUACUCUUUCUCUGCAUGAAAAAGGCCAUGAUCACCUCCUUUGCGCACAGUCAAAUAUAAGCAUUGAGGAACCUAAAGAGUUGGACAGUCCAUUUAUGUCAUCUCAUGGUGUAUUUGGUUCCAAAUCUCCACGUGCGAAGAUACCAGGAGGGAAACAGUUAAUGAAGGCUAUUAUAAGACGUGUGGACAAGCUUUUGCAUAAAAACGAUGAAGCUUUAAAAACAGAUGAUUCUUCAGAGUUUUCUAGUUCAGUAUCUGACUAUGAAGAUUGUGUGGAGGAACAUCAUACUAUUUGUAGCUUUGAAGAGUCUCUUGAGCUGAUGCAGUCGAGAGUAAGCGAACAACAAAUGCCAGAGAAUCUGCAGGGGGGAAUUCUUAUUGAUCAGGCAUACUUUGUCUCACAACAUGAUCUUAAUGCAUCUCUUUUCACCCCAAAUUCACAGUUCAGGAGAGAUCUGGCAGAACUUCAGAGGACAACAGAUGUACAUGAGGGGCCUUGGACAUGGACAUCCGGAGAGAUCCCAUGUUUGACACGAUUUGUUACCUACACAAGAGCUGCCUCAAAGUUAGUUAAGGCUGUCAAAGCCACAGAGGAGCAAACGUACAUGACAGCCGAUGGAAAGGAAUUUGCUGUAUUGGCCAGUGUGAGUACACCUGAUGUUCCAUAUGGAAAUUCAUUCAAGGUUGAGUUGCUUUACAAGAUAAUGCCUGGACCAGAGCUACCUUCAGGAGAAGAAUCCUCCCGUCUUGUGGUAUCCUGGGGCGUUAACUUUCUCCAGAACACAUUCAUGAGAGGCAUGAUUGAAGGAGGAGUUAAGCAGGGACUUAAGGAGAGUUUUGAUCAGUUUUCCAGCUUGCUGGCUCAGAAUUUUAAAACGCUGGAUUCCACAGACUUGUCUGACAAGGAUCGUAUCUUGGCAAGUACGCAGGCAGGACAUCAAUCAGAUUGGGAGUUGGCGAGAAAAUACUUCUGGAAUCUCACUCUAGUUACCACUACUUUUAUGGUUCUGUAUGUCCUGGUUCAUAUUCUACUUUGUGAGCCCAGUAAACUCCAAGGAUUGGAAUUUAAUGGACUUGAUUUGCCAGACAGUGUUGGAGAGCUCAUCACAUGUGGAAUUCUAGUCCUUCAAUUGGAGCGCGUCUAUAACAUGGUUUUAUACUUUGUACAAGCUAGGUUGCAGAAAGGAGGUGAUAAUGGAGUCAAAGCCCAAGGAGAUGGAUGGGUUCUUACUGUUGCUUUGAUUGAAGGGAACUACUUAGCAUCCUUGGAUUCAUCAGGGUUCUCUGAUCCUUAUGUGGUUUUCACCUGCAAUGGUAAAACAAGAACAAGCUCUGUCAAGCUUCAAACUAGUGAUCCUCAAUGGAAUGAGAUUCUCGAGUUUGAUGCUAUGGAAGAACCUCCAUCAGUUUUGGACGUUGAAGUUUUUGAUUUUGAUGGUCCUUUUGACCAAGCUAUGUCACUUGGGCAUGCUGAGAUCAAUUUUCUUAAACACUCAGCUACGGAACUUGCAGACAUGUGGGUCUCCCUUGAGGGAAAGCUCGCUCAGUCUUCUCAGUCAAAGUUGCACUUGAGAAUAUUUUUGGACAAUAACAAAGGAGUUGAAACAAUCAGGGAGUAUAUGACCAAAAUGGAGAAGGAAGUUGGAAAGAAGUUGAAUCUACGAUCGCCUCAUAGAAAUUCAACAUUUCAGAAAUUGUUUGGUUUGCCACCAGAAGAAUUUCUUAUCAGUGAUUUUACAUGUUCCCUGAAGAGGAAGAUGCCUUUACAGGGCCGACUCUAUCUUUCUGCGAGGAUAGUUGGGUUUUACGCAAACUUGUUCGGACACAAAACAAAAUUUUUCUUUCUUUGGGAGGAUAUUGAAGAUAUCCAAGAGCUUCCCCCAUCCUUAUCAUCUGUAGGUAGCCCUUUGCUGGUCAUUGUUCUGAAAAAGGAUCGAGGUCUUGAUGCAAGGCAUGGUGCGAAGUGUCAAGAUGAAGAAGGCAGGCUUAGAUUUCAUUUUCAAUCAUUUGUGUCAUUCAAUUCAGUCAUCAGGACAAUAAUGGGUUUGUGGAGAACAAGAACACUGAGUCCUGAUCAGAAAGCACAAAUUUCUGAAGAACAUAAUGAUCAAGAUGACAGGUCCACAAUGCUUGAAGACACUGAAUCCAUACUUAAUCUCGAGGAUGCAAAGAUGUCCAAAGUUUAUACUGCAGAACUACCUAUUAACACAAAAUCUCUGAUGGAAAUGUUCGAAGGAGGAACUUUGGAGCACAAAAUAAUGGAGAAAUCUGGUUGUCUUAACUAUGCAACUACUGCAUGGGAACCUACAAAAAAGCUGGAUGUGUUUGAGCGUCAUCUGUCAUACAGAUUCAACCGCCAAGUUUCGAUCUUUGGAGGAGAGGUCACAUGCAGACAACAAAAAACUCCCAUUGAAGAUGGUGAAGGAUGGGUUGUGGACGAAGUUAUGGCCCUGCACGGUGUUCCAUUUGAGGAUCACUUUCGUGUUCAGUUUAGGUACCAGAUUGAGAAUUCUACCCUGGCUCAUAAUGCAUGUAAAUGCAAUGUUCAUGUCCGGGUCACCUGGCUUAAAAGCACAAAAUUUCAGGACAGGAUCACACACAACAUUAUAGAGAAGUUUGCCCAUCGACUGAAGGAAAUAUUCGAAUUUGUAGAGAGGGAGAGUCUUGGCACCAAGACAAGAGGACACUUCCCUUUGACACAUACUUAAUCAUUCACAUUCAGAUAGAUCAUAAAUUCUUUUUGUGCUCAAGUCCUGAAGCUGAUAGCAAAUUAGCAAUGUAGUUGAAAACAGGACAUGCUCUUUAAAAGAAACUUUGCCUUUUACUUUUCCUACUUUACUCACUUUCAUUAUAGUUAUUUCGGGACCCAAUUGUUAAUUUUUUUUUUUUUAAUAUUCUCAAAAGUUUAGGAAAGCUCCCUUUGAGGACUUAGCCA